UGUCGUUCAUUUUCAGAAAUACAGGCAGUUUUCCAACUUAAAUAAACUGUGCGGGCGGACCGCGGACGUGUUUCUAAAAUCAAAUAAGAAAAAAAGAAAUCUUUAAAAAUAAGAACUAAACUUUAUCUCCUCGCGGAACAAAUAAAAUCCUGUGUUUUAUUACAAAUCAAAACAAUCCCCAAAAAUAAAGACAAAAAGUUAAAAUAAAAGAAAAAAAAAAUACAAAAACAAAAUGGGAACAUUCUAUAAAAUCGACAUUAAUCGCACGGAAUGGGAAAUCCCAGAAAGAUACCAACAACUCCAACCAGUAGGUUCCGGGGCCUACGGACAAGUUUGCAAAGCAAUCGUCAAAGACAGUAACAUGAAAGUUGCAAUCAAAAAGCUAGCCAGACCGUUUCAGUCAGCCGUACAUGCAAAACGUACGUAUCGCGAAUUGAGACUCCUGAAACACAUGGACCAUGAAAAUGUCAUCGGUCUACUUGAUGUUUUCCAUCCUGGUGACAAUUCCUUGGAUAGCUUUCAACAAGUCUACCUGGUAACACAUUUGAUGGAUGCAGAUCUUAACAAUAUUAUACGUACACAAAAACUCUCUGAUGAUCAUGUUAAAUUUUUAGUCUACCAAAUCUUACGUGGACUUAAAUAUAUUCACAGUGCCGGAAUUAUUCAUAGGGAUCUUAAACCUUCUAAUCUUGGUGUUAAUGAAGAUUGUGAACUUAGAAUUUUAGAUUUUGGUCUUGCACGACCAACAGAAAAUGAAAUGACCGGUUAUGUAGCUACAAGAUGGUAUCGAGCCCCAGAAAUUAUGCUCAAUUGGAUGCACUAUAAUCAAACAGUUGAUAUUUGGUCUGUUGGUUGCAUCAUGGCCGAGUUGCUGACGGGUCGAACCCUAUUCCCCGGAACAGAUCAUCUUGAUCACUUAACAAGAAUUCUUAUCUUAUGUGGUACUCCUGAGCCAGAGCUAAUGAGUAAAAUAACAAGCGAAGAGGCACGCAACUAUAUCAAAUCAUUGCCUCCAAUGCGAAGGAGAAGCUUUAAGGAUGUGUUUAGAGGUGCAAAUCCAUUAGCAAUUGAUUUGCUUGAAAAAAUGUUGGAGCUAGAUUCAGAGAAGAGGAUAACUGCAGAACAAGCCUUAGCUCAUGAAUAUAUGGAAAAAUAUUCAGAUCCAUCAGAUGAACAGACAUCAGCUUUGUACGAUCAGAGCUUUGAAGUAAUGGAACUCCCAGUUGAAAAAUGGAAGGAACUCGUUUUCAAUGAAGUUGUAAAUAGUACGCCGCAUCAAAGUAUUUUCCAACCACAACCACCACCUGCUGUUUAAUGUAUUAAAUACCAACGUACAUGCAUAUUUAAAUAUUUAAUAACAACAAUAAUAAAAAUCAAUCAAAAAGAGUACAAGAAAUAUGCAAAAUGGAGAACUAUUUCAAAACGUCUUGUCCAAAAAAACAUUUAUUAGGAUCAAUAAAUUGAUCAUGCAAACUCCUUAAGUAAAAAAGAUAAUACGAAGAUAACAAUAAGAUGCAAGAAAAUUCCUUAAAUUAAAACUUAAUAUGUACCCAAGCAAAAAUACAACAAAAAUAAAAUACAAAAAAAAACAUCGAGUUUAUUGUUUAAAGCGCUGUUCGAAAACGACAAAAACAAAAACAGAGUUAAAAAUUAUAAUAUAAGCAAAAUAUAUAUUUUUUUUAGUGACGAUUCUAUUUUAAAAUUAAGCUUUAAAAAUUAUACAAUUGAACUUUCAUGUAUGCGCGUCUUAUUGAAAUGAUUUUUAUAAUGCAAUUUGAUACACACCUGUUUCCCUUUUCCCUGUAAAAUGUUUAUUUUUUUUAAUUUGACUAUUGUUUCCUUUAUGAUGAUAAAAUAAGAAAAGAAAAAUGUUUAAUAUUAUUUAAAAAAAAAGAAGAAAUUAUCACAUUUUUUGCCAAAAUAUUUUUAUAAACAUUAAUUAUUUUUUAAAAUAAAAAAGUAAACAAAAUAUA